AUGUUCAAGAAGUUGAAGGACAAGUUGAAAGGCGACGAGAAACCGUCGUACGGAACAGACGAGCAUAACCAGCAGUCAAGCAACGCAUACUACCAACAUUCUCAACAGCCACACUACAACACGACCCCAACCGAAAAGUACCAGGCUCCUCCCGGCCCUCCACCCAACCAAGCCGCGUCUUCAUCCAAGACAGAGUACACAGCGCCUCCAAGGCCUCCCCCAAACCACGGAUCCCCAACAUCCUACACGGCGCCUCCUGGCCCCCCACCAACCCACCAAACCCCAGGCUACGCACCCCCAGCAGGCGCACCACCGUCUUAUCCGCAGCAACCGCCCCCAAGCUGGGAUCCACCGCCAUACCAUGACUGGACCGUGAUCCCGGAUACAGCGCUGCUCCCGCCGCCACCAUCAAUGGGCUACGACAGCUCUCCGACGGCCAACGCCACAGCCGAAGAAGGCGACCGCGCACUCGCAUGGACAAGACAGCAUGCUUUAUGGCCGCCGCAACGCCUCCAUCCCAGCACACAUGGCGCGAUCCAAAACGGGCAGCUGGCGCUCCUUAAACCACCCUCGCUCACGGGAGAACUCCUGCCACAGCCCCAAGCAGGCCACUGGCGCUGCCGCACCCACGCCGCAUGCCGCGACUCGGCCAUCCUGACCAAUCUCCCGCUAUACAGCGUCUUGGCCGACUCACCGCUCGCCACGCAGCGCCCCAAGACACUCUACUUUGAGCUCAAGGUCACGGGCGUGGGACGCGGCGCGGCGGCCUCGCUCGAAGAAGCAGACGCCGGCAUUGCAAUCGGCUUCGUCGCGCCGCCGUAUCCCACGUUCCGGCUGCCUGGCUGGGAACGCGCCAGUCUGGCUGUGCAUGGCGACGACGGCCGCAAGUACGUCAACGAUGCGUGGGGCGGCAUCGACUUUACGACUGCGUUCAAGCCCGGCAACACCGUCGGCAUUGGACUCACGUUCGGCGUGCCGAGGAACCCGCCGUCGUAUGAGCAGACGCAGCAGGGCCGGAUUCUAGACACCGAUGUGUUUUUCACGCGCAAUGGAGUCAAGGAGGGGGGUUGGGAUGGAAACGAGGAGCUGGAUGAGAGGAGUGAGGGGGGAAACGCUGGACUCCGGGGUGAGUGCGAUUUGUUUCCUGCGAUUGGCGUGUUUGGCGGUGUGGAUUUUGAUGUCUUCUUUCAUCCGUCGCAGUGGAUGUACAAGCCUGGGUAG